UGACUGUCCUAUCCAUCAACCCAGUUUGUCCAAAUAUGACAAAGUUGUUGCAGCUCUUCCUACGAAACAAUAACCUGAGUUUUCCACACCAUGGUCAGUUUCUAAACUGCCCCGCUCUCACCUUACUCGACCUCAGUGAGAACCACAUUGAACAUCUACCGAGUGGAGGCCUCCGCGGCUUAGCUAAUCUGAAAACGUUGUUCUUGAACUUCAACAAAAUUCAAACAUUACAGAUUGGUGGAUUGGAGGGGGCCUCGGCCCUCACUGAACUCUACCUGAGCCACAACAAUAUAGCAAACAUAGAGGAAGGUGUGUUCGGGAACUCCGUUGCGUUGGAGAAACUUGUUCUAUCGAACAAUAGAAUCAUAAGCGUGGCCGAAGGCAGCUUCGGAGGAGCAACGGGUCUCCGGGAACUUGACCUGAGUGGGAACUUGCUGGCCGCUGUUCCGGCUGAGGCAUUGAGGGGUGUGGACGGGCUCAGUUAUCUGCAUCUAAAGAUGAACAGCCUCACAGGCCUUCGAGACGAUUGCUUCUUCUCAUUGGGCCUAUUGGUUCAUCUGGACUUGAGCAACAACAAGCUGACCAGUCUGUCCGAGGGGUCACUGAGAGGCUUGACCACGCUGAGUGAACUGGACCUCAGUACUAACCGCAUAGAUUCCCUGCCUUCGAAAGUCUUCAAAGACCUGACCAACCUCAAGUUGCUUGAUUUAUACAGCAACAAUCUGACAACUCUUCCUUCCGACGUAUUCAGCAACUUGACCAACCUGCAGGACCUCCAGCUGGACUUCAAUCAGAUCUCCGACAUACCAGUAGGGGUGUUUGACUCCCUCCUGGGACUCAAUGAGUUACAGCUGUCGAACAACAGGAUCCCGAAGCUCCACCCGGCUGUGUUCAACAAGCUAAAGUCACUGCAGAACCUGAACUUGGAAUACAACACUCUUAGGCACCUUCCCAAAGGCCUUUUCCACAAGCUGAGGGCCCUCAAAGAGCUCCACCUCAAUGACAACCACAUCCGCUCUAUAGAUGCCUCGAUCUUCCACCGUUUGGUGAAAUUAUUUUUGCUGAAGCUCUCUCGCAACCAUCUCACCACUCUACACCCAGACCAGUUCAGAGGCCUCCAAGGUUUGAAAGAGCUUAGACUAGAUGAAAACCACAUAGCCGACCUCCAUCCUACAGGCCUGUUCAGGUUUCUGAUAAAUCUUAGCACACUGGACCUGGACAAUAAUCAGAUCUCGAAGCUGUCUCCCAAUGACUUUGCAGGGCCGACGGGCCUUAAAGAGCUCAGAUUGAGCUUCAAUCAACUCCGCAACAUACCACCCAACACCUUUGAUCCACUCCACUUGCUCCGCAAGCUUCAGCUAAAGAACAACAGCCUGAAUAGUUUACACCCUCAGCUCUUCGCUGGACUCUCAAAGCUCACGGAUCUCAACUUAGAAGGGAACAAGCUGGGUCACCUGCAGCCGGACGUAUUCCGAGGACUCACAAACCUCCAGCGAUUGAGCUUGAAGAGCAACCAGCUGAGAGCAGUGGAGAACGGGACCUUGGAGCCUUUGAGACACUUGAGCUCUGUGUAUCUGUCAGGUAACCUGUGGGACUGCACCUGUGCACACAUCCUCUACAUCAGCAGCUGGGUCCACACGCACAGAGACAAGCUCAGAGACAGGCCUGUUUGUUUCGUUUCCUCUUCUUCCUCGCCCUUAACCGAGGUACGGCCGCUUUCCAAGACAGCUGGGUCUCCUCAUCAGUUGCGUGAUGACUGUGCCGCAAAUUCUGCAAGCGGAUCUUCGCUUUCGUGCUCACGACUCUUCUUCAUGGUCAUGGGCCUUCUGUGGCAUCCUUUGUUGUGGUUUUGUGUUCUCUGAAUGCUUCUUCCUGCCUUUCCUUUUCAAGGCUUUUUGCAACCCGAUCUUAAUAUUCCGUGAGUUUGUCUAUGUUUGAAUACAUUCAGUAUUUGCAGAGGAUUAAAGUGAUAAUGCAGAGGUAAAUUAGUUAAUUGACAAUCAAAGGCUGAGGAUAAUGGAUUAAAGGUGGAUGUUAGCAGACAUGAUUUUGGUAGAACAAAUAAGUGGUGCAUUUCAAACUUUGAUAUAAAGUCUCAACAUAAGAAAACAUGGAUUCUAGUUUAGUAAUUCGCUCC